GUUGGUCUGGCGGAAGUAGCAAGUUCAGUGUUUUUCUGUAGUCAUCGUCGGCUGGCUAGUAGACGAUAGCUUUUUGACUUAUUUCUUAACAAAACAUUUGUGUUUGUUUUGAUUCUCUUUUAUACUUGCAAAAAUGCCGUUAGAGAAUCUGGAAGAAGAAGGUUUGCCUAAGAACCCUGAUCUUAGGAUAGCACAGCUGAAAUUUUUGCUCACGAUGGAUGGUCACCGACAAGAUGCUAAAGUGAAGACGGAGCUCAUGGACUCCAUAAAAGAGAACAACAUGGCACCUUACUACGAGGGCCUGUGCAAGGACCUGAAGUGGCAGCUCGAUACAGACUUGCAGAGCAAGAUGAAGAAGGCCAAUGAGGAAGAGCUUAAACGCCUGGAUGAUGUGCUUGAAGAUGCGGAGAAAAACCUGGGCGAGAGUGAAAUCCGAGAUGCUAUGAUGGCCAAAGCAGAAUACCUCAUUAGAAUUGGGGAUAAGGAGGGUGCACUCACUGCCUUCAGGAAGACCUAUGAAAAGACUGUUGCCCUGGGCCAUCGACUAGACAUCGUGUUCUACCUUCUGAGGAUUGGACUCUUCUACAUGGACAGUGACCUCAUCACACGCAAUACUGAGAAAGCCAAAAGCCUUAUCGAAGAAGGGGGCGACUGGGACAGGAGGAACCGUCUGAAGGUGUACCAGGGCCUGUACUGUGUAGCCAUCAGGGACUUCAAACAGGCUGCUGAGCUCUUCCUGGACACGGUGUCCACCUUUACCUCCUACGAGCUCAUGGACUACAAGACCUUCGUCACAUACACAGUCUACGUCUGCAUGAUCGCCCUCAAGAGGCCUGACCUCCGUGAGAAGGUGAUUAAGGGAGCUGAGAUCCUGGAGGUGCUUCACAGUCUGCCUGCUGUCCGUCAGUACCUCUUCUCUCUGUACGAGUGCCGUUACUCUGUCUUCUUCCAGUCACUGGCAACGGUGGAGCAGGAGAUGAAGAAGGACUGGCUGUUCGCCCCCCACUACCGUUACUACGUGAGGGAGAUGCGGAUCCACGCCUACAGCCAGCUGCUGGAGUCCUACCGCUCCCUCACCCUGGGCUACAUGGCCGAGGCCUUCGGAGUCAGCACCGAGUUCAUCGACCAGGAACUUUCUCGAUUCAUAGCUGCUGGACGCCUCCAUUGCAAAAUAGACAAAGUGAACGAGAUUGUGGAAACCAACAGACCUGAUAGUAAGAACUGGCAGUAUCAGGAGACCAUCAAGAAAGGGGACCUGCUGCUGAACAGAGUUCAGAAACUGUCCCGAGUCAUCAACAUGUAGCAUGGCCCAUGUAGGAGUCGGCUGACGUCACGUGGGAGGAACACCUGGGGUUUUCUGUUGUACCAGUGUCCACACCAAUAGUUUGUCUGAAAAAGUGACCCUUAUAUUGUGUAUAUAAUUAAAAAAAAUCUUUUCGGUGA